AUGGCUCCCGCCGCGGUUGAGAAGAUGCCCAACAUUGAGACCACCUCUGACAACAUCGACGCUGUCAACAUCCUGAAGGCCCUUCGUGCCCCCAAGCAGAGCGCCUUCUACGGCGCCUCCGAGUUCGACGAGGCCAAGGACGACGAGGCCAAGGACGACGAGGCCAAGGACGACGAGGCCAAGGACGACGAGGCCAAGGACGACGAGGCCAAGGACGACGAGGCCAAGGACGACGAGGCCAAGGACAAGUCCAACUUCUGUCAGUUCCUCGACGCUGAAGACUGUGUCAAGAACUUCUACGCCACCCAGCACUCUCCAGACCGUCGCCUUCAACCUCAAGGCCCGCAAUGAGUUCCACAGCAAGACCCGGGCCCGCAUGGGUGUCUGGGAGGCCAUGGAGAAACUUCAUGGACGAGUGCUACCCGGACACCCAGGGCCCCAGAUGGCUCACCUUCUCCAAACUUCCGAAGUUACGCGCAAGGACGGCAAGCCCCGCUGGAUGCUGCUAGUCGGUCUCAUCCACGCCUUUGACAAGCUUCUCUUCUUCUACGAUGCCCAGGGCCAGUGGGAGGUUGUCGGUAACACCUUCCCCGUCGGCUGUGCCUUCGACGACCGCAUCAUCUUCGGUACCAAGUCCUUCGAGAAGAACAAGGACGCCAACCACCCUCUCUACUCUACCAAGUUUAAUAUCUACUCUUGCGGCUGUAGUCUGGACAACGUCAUGCUUUCUUGGGGCCACGAUGAGUAUUACUACCACAUUGUCGAGGACCAAUCCACCAUCCCUGCUGAGGGUCCAGCUAAUCCGCUACCUCCUUCUACCCCUGGCACCGUGAGGGUGCCUACCAUGAGCUCAUGA